AUGAUUACAUCCUUGGACAGAGAUACACCUCAUAGUUCCAGAGUAGACCUAACCCAGGAGGACAGUGUAGUAGCAAGCUGUAGUGGUGCCACAUGUGCGUUUGCUGAUGCUUGUGGAAGUGAAGAGGAGGUUGACUGUGAAAUAGGAAGUAGUUCUAGUGACAGUGGCAUUGAAGAUUUAUCACAUAGUGAUUUGAGAAGCUCUUUGUCAGACUGGGCAGUUGAGUUUGGUGUUUCACUUGUUGCUCUUUCAGCACUUCUGUCCAUACUUAGGGUUCACCAUCCUUUCCUCCCAAAAGAUGGCAGAUCAUUGCUUAAAACAAGAACUGAGUAUGUAGUGGAAAAGAAAGAUAGCAGCACAAGAAAUAUGUACCACAUAGUGAGCUUUGUGGAAACAGAAGAAGUAGAAAUUGUCCCUGCCGUCUGGGUGAAGGACAGUGUUUGUCUGUGGACUCCAUACAAGAGUGAAGGUGUCCAGAGGGCAACCAAGUCUCAGGAGCAGCCUCAUGAGAACUGGACUCCAUAUAACAUAAAAGUGUUAUAUACAACAAAUAAUUACGUUGAAGCACGAAGAAAACUUCCACUUGCAGAGCAACAGACAGAUCUCCAGUCAGAAGCUGAGAAUGAGUCACUGAAGCCACCAAAAAGGAAAAUAAAACCAAACAAACAUCUGCUUGAAGAUGGAUAUGACACUGAUGAAGAGGCCUUUGUUCCCAAAAAGAAGGUCUUGCCUCAAGCCCCCAGAAUAAAAUCCACUGCUGUACCAUGCAACUUCUACAUCAACUUCAGCAACAUCAUUGUUGUCAGCAGCCUCACAUAA